GUUGUACAAGUCUGCUUCUCCGUUGUCUUUACGUAAACGAAUCGAAUCGAAAAACGAUCGCUUUGGAUGACAUUCCUUGUGGAAUAGAGGAAACCCAAACUUUCUCUCUUCUCUGUCGUGUUCGACUCAAAAAACCUAAACACCUCUCCUUCAUUUUCAAUUGAAUAUUGACAGUAUUGACAAUCACUCAAUUCUUCUCUCUCUCUCUCACUCUCUCUAUUGAUUUUGACUGCUUUUGGAUCAAUCAGACACAGUCUGCGUAACCCAAUUCUUGAAUUCGAUUUCCUUUCUGUUUCGUCUUUGAGACCAAUCGGAGUAGCGCGAGUCUUGCCAUGGCCAAAAGCUCCUUCAAGCUCGAACACCCCCUGGAGAGGAGGCAGGCGGAGUCUGCUCGCAUCAGAGAGAAGUAUCCCGAUAGAAUACCAGUAAUUGUGGAGAAGGCUGAAAAGAGUGACAUUCCUGACAUUGAUAAGAAGAAAUAUCUUGUCCCUGCUGAUUUGACUGUCGGGCAGUUUGUUUACGUUGUUCGGAAGAGGAUUAAGCUCAGUGCUGAGAAGGCUAUUUUCGUCUUUGUCAAGAACACGCUCCCUCCCACAGCCGCCUUGAUGUCUGCAAUUUAUGAGGAAAACAAGGAUGAAGAUGGGUUUCUUUACAUGAUUUACAGCGGUGAGAACACAUUUGGCUCCCUCUAAAAAUCGCGAACUGAUGACAAUUUUUUGUAAAUAAAACUCCUCCCAAGUGUAAAUUCUCAGCUGUCACUUUUUUAGGCCAACGGUGUCUGACCAUUUACCCUACUCUUACUCUGGAUGAAUGGUGUUAACUUUGAUGCCAAAUGGAUUUGAUUAUAAGUGGUUUGCUCUUACAGUUUGGAUUUGAAUGGAUGAAAUUGCAUUUUAAGUAAUGUGCCGAUUUGUUUUUGUGUUUUA